AUGGAAGCUGGUUCAACUUCUUCAUCCUCCAGCGACCCAUCUCCCUCCGUUGAGGGUAAUGGUGCAAGCUCCCCAGCAAGCACCAACAACCCCUUUCCUCAUAUUCUCAUUAUUGGCAUGAUGCCAAAUGAAGGAAGAGUUCAAUACUCUUCUGGGAAUAUUUUGAAGGAGAUAUUGCAACCUCAACAAGUUGUCUCUCAACCUUCUACUUCAGCUUCUCAACUAGCUCUGGCCCAUACUGACAAUAAAGCUGGUCAGCAUAAGCAUCUAAUGAAAAGACGCGUCAGGUUCGGUGAUGCUCGAUAUCAGCAAGUAGGACCUUCUCAGGUCAAACCUGUUGAUAGACAGAAUGAUGAUGAUGAUUGGGAAGGUGUAGAAUGUACGGAAUUGGAUGAAGCUUUUGGUGCUGCUACGGCUUUUGUGGCGGCGGUGAAGGUUUUUUCCGGUGAAGUGAAGUUGAGGCUUUAUGGUUUGUAUAAGAUUGCUACUCAAGGUCCUUGUACUGUUCCUCAACCUUCUGCUAUUAAAAUCACCUCCAGAGCUAAAUGGAAUGCAUGGAAUAAACUAGGUGCUAUGCCUCCAGAAGAAGCGAUGCAGAAAUAUUUGGAGAUUAUUACGGAGUUAUAUCCUACUUGGGCUGAUGGUUCUACCUGUAAGCAAAGAGACGGGGAUUCUAACGAAUCAUCAAGUAAGGAUGCUAGACCAAUGGGACCUGUUUUCAGCUCUUUUAUACACGAGGAGGAAUCUGGAAAUGAGUUAAAGUUGGAUGCUAUACAUGACUUUGCAAGAGAAGGUGAUAUGGAGAACUUGCUUAAAUGUGUUGAGACUGGUGUUUCAGUGGAUGGAAAAGAUAGCGAAGGUCGAACACCUCUGCAUUGGGCUGUUGAUCGUGGCCAUAUUGGUGUUGCAGAAUUGCUAUUGAGCAGGAAUGCUGAUGUAAACUUGCAGGACAACCAAGGCCAAACACCACUGCAUUAUGCUGCUGUUUGCGAGAGAGAAGCAAUUGCUGAGUUACUCGUGAAGAGAAAUGCCGGAACAGGUACAAAAGAUGGUGAUGGGAAGUAUCCUUGUGAUCUAUCUGAUUCAAACUGGCCAUGGAUCCAACCUUAGUCUAACUCUAAACCACUAAUGAUGAUCUUUAGUUCAUAUGUACAGACUAUAAAUUUAUCCUAGGGUCUCCUGAACAUAAGAAUAGGUUAACACGAAGAAAUCAUUCUGUUUGGUCAUUCUUGACAUGUGAAUGAUAGUUAAAAAAACAUGAACUUUCCUCAUGUUUCAGUUA